AUGAGCGACUCCAGCUCGCCGCCGCCGCCGCCGACCGCUGCCGCAGCCCCGCCCGGUGCCGAGGGUGCGGCUGGAGCAGUGGUGUCCGAGUCUCCGGCGACGACGGGGGCAGCCAACGUGGCCGGCAGGGGGACGGAACCUGCAGUCACAGCAGCGGCGUCUGCGUUAACAAUAGACCCGUCUUUGCCACCAGCGCGAAGGCCUGAUGGGCCUCCGGCUCCAGCUGCUGCAGGCUUGAGAUCCUCGUCACCGACAUCUUUGCGAGGAAGCCUACGAGACCGUGGACAAGAAGAGGACCUUGAUCACGAUCGACGAAGCCAGCGAAGCUCGGAACGUCAACGACAGCCACAACAUACAUCUCCCGCCUCCUCCACGGCGACACCGCCGCGCCGACGCUCCUUCUUCUCCCGCUUCUCCCUCCCGUUCCAUGCGCCCGCCCGCACCAUCGCCGACUUCCACAUCCGUCCUGCCGAGCCGCAUCGCAAGUAUGGCGCCGGCGAUCAUGUCCUAGGCGCAGUCGUACUGGCUGUCGUCAAGCCAGUUCGCAUCACCCACUUGACCGUGUCGCUGCGUGGCCUCGUGCGUGUCUUCAAGGACCCCAACUCGGCUGCCACGGCAACGUUGCCCAACGAUACCGCCACCGACUCCUCGUCCUCGUCGCGUCUACUGGCAUCGAAAUCCUCCUCCUCCUCUUCGUCCUCCUCCUACCUGGGCAACGGCCAUGCCCUUCUCUUCCGCGAUGAGAUGGUCCUGAGUGGCACCGGCCGGUUAGAGCCCGGCAACUACGAGUUCGAGUUCGACCUCAUCUUUCCCUCGCGCCGGCUGCCUAGUAGUAUCGAUUCUUGUGAUCGGAGGGUCUAUCUCGUUGACCCAGUCGACAUCGGCACAGUACCGAAGCCACGGCCGCGCACAAUCUCCCUCGAGCCCAUAUCCAAGCGGUCCAAGAAACGCAAAAUCGUUGUUGUGACCCAACCGCCGCCAGGAAGCGGUCCCACAUCAGUCAUACCAGCAGGCUCAGCCGGCGCUCCAGGCGCCAUGUCCACAAUUUCCUUUGCGUCGGGCAGCGGCAGCACCGACCGGCACGAUACUGCUGCGCUUUCUGACCGUGGGUCGGCGCGAGAUAGUACCCACGGAACUAUACAAACCGAAGACAACGAGCAUGACGGCUACGCUGAAGCCCAAAGCCGGACGUCACGAACGUCACAACCUCGAAGUCCCGCGCCAACGGACAUCCGUAGCGAAGUCAGCGUUGACAGUGUGACCAGUGGAGGGAGCGAAGGCCGCAGUAGAAGCAGUGGUAUUGCAGGAACAGUUGGCGGCGCAGGAUCUGGCUCGGGAUCUGGCUCAGGAUCUGGCUCCGGAGCAGGACCUGGUUCUGGUCUAGGUUCUGGAGCCGUUUCUGGGGCUGGUGCUGGUGCUGGAAGCAACGUCAUCCGCCUAUCGAGUCCAGCAAGCUCACACGCUCCAGCAAGCAUGGCUGGACAAUCAGUGGCAUCAACCACUGGAACGAACACAUCCUCGUCGACCAUCACAAACCCGGCCGCCGGCAGCAACAACGGAAACAGCACUUCUGGAAAUGGCUACCGCUCACACCCUGUGCCCGCGUCGUCUGUUUCUACCACUACCGUGAGUGGUGUUGUCGACGACCGAACGAUUACGGCCACAAUCGACUUGCUCAAAGGCGGCUGCCUGCCCGGCGAGGUCGUCAGCGUGAAAGUCUCAGUGCAGCAUGUGAAGCGCAUCAAGAGCUUGCACGGCGUGGUUGUCACCCUUUACCGCCAGGGCCGGAUCGACUCGGCACCGCCAGAAUUCAUGUUCCCUUCUGCGGGGACGAGCAUCGCUGAAGAGGACGAAGAGCCCAGCGGCGAAGGCGCAGGCAGCAAUGGCGUUCUGCUAAAUAGCAACACAGACGCCGGCUCGCAGCCGCAUCCCGAUCUGGAUGACGAGCAAGCCGAACCAAAAGGUCGGAAGCAACGGAAACAAUUGGAGCGAGAGGCGAAAGAGAAAGAAAAACAGGUGAACGACCGAAAAAAAGACAAAGAACAUAACCACAAGAGCAGCAAGGACAAGAAAAGUGGCGGCGGGAACGGGGCUGCCAAGCACGACAACUACUAUCCCAAGUCCAAGACUGGUCUUGGCGGCCUGUCUCUUAUGUCUGCGGGUACCUGCAGCGUAUUUCGCAAAGAUCUCUCGCAGUCCUUCAGCCCACUGAUCAUUGACCCACGCACUCUGCAGUCAAGCGUGACUGCAUCUGUCCGUAUGCCCGAGGAUGCCUUUGCCACCAUCAAGGGUGUUCCGGGUGACAUGAUCAGCUUCAAGUACCAGCUUGAGGUCAUUGUCGACUUGGGAGGAAAGUUGGCUGGCCUGCUACAGUCUGGCGUCGGCCCUACCGGCCCCAAUUUGGUCAGCAACAGCAGCAACCCUUAUGAUGGCAAGCCCAUGCUGGCGCCUACAUCGGCUCUCUGGAGCGGCGGCAGCAACAUGAUCGAUACGGACCAGCUACGGCGACAAAAGGGCGUGAUCUUUGUUGCCUUUGAGGUCGUCGUCGGUACGACAGAUACGAGCCGGCAACGCGGCCGUGGCCUUAAAGGAACCGCACUGUCUCUGGAUGUCCAGCAGCAGCCAGACCCACAGCAAAUCCUUUUGCAGCAGCAACAACAGCCAUUACCAUAUGUCUCACACCACCCACCUGACUGGUACCCAGAAGACCGUAAAGGUCCAUACCAGCAGCCUCAGCAACCUCCAUACCCGAGCUGGCCGGCGAACGGGACAGCAUCAGGUGGUACCUCUGCAGGGCCAUCAACUGCGCCACCAGGCCCUCCUAACGAACCUUACUAUGAGCAGCAGCAUUAUCCGCAUUACCAGUACCACCAACAGCACGACUACAACAACAGCAACUACCACAAUCAUCCUCGCCAUGGGCACAACUAUGACUACUAUGACGAACCAGGCUCGCCGUCUGCUACUGCACCGCCCCGCCCUCCGUAUAUCGAUCCCGGGCAAUCGUCACAAGCACCGCAAUACGUGCCGACGGCUGAGAUGCUUGCUGCUGAGCGUGACCCCAACAUAUCAGAGAAGGAACGAGUCCGCCGUGCCGAGCAGCGGCUCCUGCCCAGCCAUCCUGGUGAGGCUCCAGGAUCAUCAGCGCCAGUAGACAAUGGAGAGGGCAGCAGAAGUGCCGGCCGCCAUGCACCGUCCGUGCCCACGGCCCCAACGCUCGAUGAGUUGACCACAUACGGUCCAUUUGCGCCCCCGUUCGACGCCGACUCCCGCCCUGGUCCGGCACAGCCACCAACCGAGGACAAGCAAGAGCUAGAGCGGCGGCGGUUGCUGGCCGAAGCCAGUGCACCUCCUUCUUUCCCAGAAGACUACGAGGACGUCAGAUCGAGCAGCAACAACAGCCGUGUCGGCAGGACGACAAGAAUGUACGCGGCUGGUCCAAGCAGCAGUGCCGGUGCCCGGGUGCCAAGCUUCAACGGAGCUCGUGCCACAGCCGCUGACCCAUCGGCGCCGUCGGCGCCAUCUGCACCAGUUAUCGAAGAGGAAGAUGGCCAUUAUCAGCAGUACGAUCACAGUCCUGCUUACUUACAUCUUCGUCCCGCAAGCGGCUCGUCGUCGUUUCCUUCUGCGCCGCCAGUUGCUGGGCCUUCAGCCCCGCCUGUGUCUUCUGCAAUGGCACCAUCUGCACCUCCUGCCGAUGCUCUUCUGGGUGAUGAUAUUGUGAGCCCUAGUGCUGUGGAUGAUGCUCCCAGCGCCCCUCUUGCCGAGGAUGUUGAUGCUCCAGCAGAGGGUACCACGGAUGAAGAACGCUAUGGCCGGCACUAUACAUACGGGCCCGGGAGUGGUCCAGAAGCCGUCCAUGGAACUAGCGGUGGAAACGAACAUGCAGAGCCGUUGCCACGGUAUGAACGGUGA